AAGAAAAUGUCAGUCAGCAUGCAUGAAAAUCGCAAAUCUAGGGCCAGUACUGGCUCCAUAAACAUAUACUUGUUCCACAAGUCAUCCUAUGCUGAUAGUGUCCUUACUCACCUGAACCUUCUGCGUCAGCAGCGUCUCUUUACAGAUGUACUUCUCCACGCUGGGAACAGGUCGUUCCCCUGCCACAGAGCCGUUCUAGCUGCUUGUAGCCGCUAUUUCGAAGCAAUGUUCAGUGGAGGACUGAAGGAGAGCCAGGACAGUGAAGUCAACUUUCAUAAUUCGAUUCACCCGGAAGUCUUGGAGCUUCUUCUGGACUACGCAUAUUCCUCCAGGGUUAUCAUCAAUGAGGAGAACGCAGAGUCGCUGCUGGAGGCCGGCGACAUGCUGGAGUUUCAGGACAUUCGGGAUGCUUGUGCAGAGUUUCUGGAGAAGAACCUUCAUCCCACUAACUGUCUCGGCAUGCUGCUGCUGUCAGAUGCUCACCAGUGCACCAAGCUGUACGAACUCUCUUGGAGGAUGUGCCUGAGCAACUUCCAGAGUAUCAGUAAAAGUGAAGACUUCCUCCAGCUGCCAAAAGACAUGGUAGUGCAGCUCCUUUCCAGUGAAGAAUUAGAAACUGAAGAUGAAAGGCUGGUAUAUGAAUCAGCUAUCAACUGGGUCAGCUAUGACCUGAGUAAGCGUCACUGUUAUCUGCCCGAGCUAUUGCAGACGGUGAGACUGGCGCUCUUGCCAGCCAUAUACCUUAUGGAGAAUGUGGCCAUGGAAGAACUUAUCACCAAACAAAGGAAGAGCAAAGAGAUUGUAGAAGAAUCGAUAAGAUGCAAGUUAAAGAUCUUACAGAAUGAUGGAGUGGUCACUAGUUUGUGUGCCAGACCCCGUAAAACUGGCCAUUCGCUUUUUCUUUUGGGUGGCCAAACCUUUAUGUGUGACAAGCUGUACCUGGUGGACCAAAAGGCAAAGGAGAUCAUUCCAAAGGCCGACAUACCAAGUCCACGGAAAGAGUUCAGUGCUUGUGCCAUAGGCUGCAAAGUGUAUAUCACCGGGGGACGAGGGUCAGAAAACGGAGUCUCCAAAGACGUGUGGGUGUAUGACACCCUUCACGAGGAGUGGUCGAAGGCUGCUCCCAUGCUGGUAGCUAGGUUUGGGCAUGGCUCUGCUGAACUUAAGCACUGUUUGUAUGUAGUAGGAGGACACACUGCAGCAACUGGUUGCCUUCCAGCUUCCCCUUCAGUAUCCUUAAAGCAAGUAGAACAAUAUGACCCCGUGACCAACAAAUGGACCAUGGUUGCCCCACUGCGAGAGGGAGUAAGCAAUGCAGCUGUAGUCAGCGCAAAGCUUAAGCUGUUUGCUUUUGGAGGUACCAGCGUUAGCCAUGACAAGCUGCCCAAAGUUCAGUGCUACGAUCAGUGUGAAAACAGAUGGACAGUACCAGCCACCUGCCCCCAGCCCUGGCGCUACACAGCUGCAGCUGUUCUGGGUAACCAGAUUUUUAUUAUGGGCGGAGAUACUGAAUUCUCUGCGUGCUCUGCUUAUAAAUUCAACAGUGAGACAUACCAGUGGACUAAGGUGGGAGAUGUGACAGCUAAGCGAAUGAGCUGCCACGCAGUGGCAUCUGGAAACAAAUUGUAUGUGGUUGGAGGCUACUUUGGCAUUCAGAGGUGCAAAACGUUGGACUGCUACGAUCCCACAUUAGAUGUAUGGAACAGCAUAACAACUGUGCCCUAUUCGUUAAUUCCCACGGCAUUUGUCAGCACAUGGAAGCACCUCCCCUCAUAAUUGUGUGUAUGUUGCAAUUACAAAU